ACCACAUCCUCCCACCCGCGACCACGCCUUAUUCUCUGCCGCCGCUCUCAUCCACACUCUUGAACUGCUCUUCUGCGUCUACGCUACUCCACGGUGAUCCAGGCAUAAUGAUGCCGCAACAACUAGUGGCCGUCGGCCGCGCCGAUGCCCUUGCGGCGGCAGCUGCGCGGCAUCACCUCACCCUGCGGCACUCCUCGAACGUCUACCAGACGAUGCUGCUCUUCUCACUUGCGCCGCCGCCGGGUGCAUCAGAGGAUGAGCGCCGGUGGUACGCCAUGCAGGCCACAUGCCCGCACCUCGAGGCGCCGCUCGAGCACGCCACCCUCGAGACCGUCGAGAGCGAGCUCGAGGCCGAGGCGCAACGCGACAUCACCGACGUCGAGGACACCGUCGUCGUCUGUCCGCACCACGAGUGGUCCUGGUCGCUGCGCACCGGCGAGAGCGACCACAGUCCGGCAGGCAUGCGCGCCUGCACGUUCGCAGUCAGCGUGCAGGACGGCAUGCUCUCCGUCGAGGCGCCGCAGCUGGAGCAGAACGCGCCUGGCUCCUGGCUUCUGGUCGAAAGCCGGCCGGUCAGCGAGCGCUUCUACGAGCCAAAGCCCGCUGCCGAUGCAGGCCCCUCGUCCUCGCAGGUGCAGCUGGUGGCACCGGAUCCGGUGCCGCAGUCCUUGACGGCGUGGGCCAGCCUGGUGCUCAAUACUGCCAAUCCGAGGCUCAAGGUGCACUACACCCGGCUAGCUGCGGCUGCCUGGCGCGACGCACGCUGCACGCGGGUAGGAGGCGGACGCUGGAACUUCGAUGACAGCGAGGCACCCGAGUGGCGCCGCAAGCCGGAGGAGACGCCGCCAGGUAUCCCGCCGCGUGAUCAGCUGAACGUCGUGCGGCCGGGCCACGAGGCCAAGCGCGGCAAGGGCGGCACCGAGCGAGGGCGUAUUGCGCUGCUGCACUCGCUGGCUUCAAUCGAGCAGAUUGCCAUCGACCUGGCGUGGGACAUCAUCUGCCGUGGCCCAGAGCUUUUCGCGCGCUUGCACCCGGCGAGCAAUCCGCCGCCGAAGCUUCCGAACGCGUUCUACACCGACUUUCUGCGCAUGGCUGAGGACGAGGCGAAGCACCACACGAUUCUGUGCGAGCGUCUCGAGGCAUUCGGCGUCGCGUUCGGCGACCUGCCCGUGCACUACGGCCUCUUCGACUCGAUGCGGGAUACAUGGCACUCUCUCACCGCCCGCCUCUCAAUUGUGCACCUGGUGCACGAGGCGCGCGGCCUCGACGUGAACCCGGGCACGAUCGCACGCUUCGCCAAGGCCGGCGACGAGGACAGCGUCGCGACACUGCAGAUCAUCCACCACGACGAGGUGACGCACGUGGCGACGGGCCACCGCUGGCUCUGCCACGUCGCCGAGUGCAUGACGCCGCCGCGGGCGCCCGUCGAGCUGUUUCGCGAGGAGGUGCGGGCGCACUUCUGCGGCGCGCUGCGCGAACCCUUCAACCGCCCCGAGCGUGCUCAGGCCGGCCUGACGGCCGAGUGGUACGAAGACCUGCGCGGCGAGAAGCGGCCAGGCGACGGCUACUCGGCCGGCGGCGUGCAGGCGGCCCGGCAGGCCCAGAUUGCUGGAGGCUAGACGAAAGCAUGCGUCGCUUGGCCUGCAAUGCGAAGCUUUCUCGCAUGCUUCACGCUCUGUCUGUCUUCGUUGACGCUGCGACCGGGCAUGUCGAAGCGAGGUCCUCUGAUGCUGUCUGCCGUCGAUGUCGAG